AUGCUCGCACAUGAUUUAGUGAAGAAGAAUGACAGAGACUUCGUUCCGACCCAGUCUUCCAGGUUUUGCGCUUUUUUUUAACUAGAAAAAACUCAUUCUCAGGUCCGCUUUUUAUUUUUUUGUACUUGUGCUUGCGAAGGUGCUUCGAUGUAUUGGAACGUUUUUUGUGGACAUUUUGGCGAAAAGCAUUCAUAUAGUAAAUCUACUCUGGACCUGUAAAUUAAUGUGAGUUUUAUAAUGAAAAGUUCAUGGGGGUAUUGAAUGAACCGAACUUUUGAAUCGCAAUAAUAUUCAUAUGUGUUUAGUUGAAAAACCGAGAAGUUCUGAAUUUUUAUAGUUUCCAAAAAAAAUAAUAAAUUAUAAGACCCCUCCUAAGAUUUGAGGAUGGUCAUAGUGGGUUGGGGCAUACUUAUACUCAAUUUACCGCUCUUGCCCCCUCGGUGUUUGCAGACUCAAGACUAAUUUCAGGAAAUUUUGGCUUGAGUCUGCAAACACCAAGGGCAAUAGCGAUGAAUUGAGUUUACGUCUAUACAAUCCUUGGAGUGCUCCGGAGCAGUGUCAAGAACUUUUAAAAAACGAAGUUACUUAUUCAGAUAGACCUUGGCGAGCUGGUUACUGUUAUAUAAUUUUCGAUGUUAGAUUCCCGACUGAUAAGGUCCAUAUGGGGGGGUUCUAAAAGCUUAUUCAAUGGUUCUCAGCGCUAUCCAAACUUUUAGACAUGUUUCACGGGUGUAAGAAAAUCACAGCGAGCCGUAGGCUUGCUAGUUAAAUACAAUGAAACAAUUUAUUCGCAAUUAUUUUCGCAGAUGUGCAUUUAUUCUUCUCCCUCUUCAAAAACCGUUUUCAUCUGGGAAACCCGUGAGGAAGUCUUUGCUUGUGCGCAUAGCCAAACUUUCGAUGAUCAACAGUGCCAUUGAUAUUCUUUGGUUCUAUGGCAUCACCUUGUGCGGACCAUUACGGUGUGUGGAAGGAAAAGUCUUCUAUUAUUAAUUUCUUAAUUUUUAGAAGUGUUCUGAUAUUUGAACUGAGCACAGCAGUGUUACUGACUGCUGUUUCUUCGUUCUUUAAAGGGUCUCUCUCAACGCCAACAAAAACAAGAGGAUUUAUAUUGCUGAUAGUUGGAUUUAUAGCUCUUUUCCUGAUGGAUAAAGAUGGGGCUGUUGAAGAUCCACAUAGUGAGUUCUUAUAUACAUUUUUUGUAUAGUGAGGAAAAUUUUCAAGACACCACACAUGCUCAUCAUAGCGGUUUGAAUCACCUCUUCUAUCAUCUCAUCGGUUAGUGUUCCUCGAAUUUUGGGUAUGAGUGUGAUUAUAAAACGAUACAUAUAAAAUUAAACUUGCAACAUUCCGGGCGGGCCGAAGAUUUUCUGACCAAAAAACAUUGGCUGAAUAACCCGAUGGGCGAAAUUCAGUCUCAAAAACCUUAUACUCGAGGUGAUUGUAUAUAAAUCAACUUUCAGGUUUGUUUGGCAUGGCGGAUCACAAAGGGGGUUUGUGUAUUCUCGUGGUUGCUUUGAUUUUGCGAACCAUCUACGAAACUGCUUUCCGUCACUUAGCCGUCGAAGUCGGCGGCAACAAAAAAUUGCACGCACUCAUUACUGUAUGACACACUGUUUUUUCUCGAUUAGGUCGGUUUUCCAGGUCAUCUCUGCUAUUUGUUUGACUCCAGUCGCUGUUCUUUCGUGGGUUUUCUCUGAGCCACCAACUACAACUGGGUGGUUUGAGUGGACCGCGCUGGUGGUUGCUGUCGCUGUUUUUGUAUUUGUCCUUGAUUUCUAUGCGGAAAUGGCUUGUUUUCAAGUAAGUAUACUCAUAUAAAUUCCUCAGCCUUUUUUUUCAGCAUCUCGAGGAUCCAGUUGUGGCAGCUGCCCGGUGGUCUUCCGUUACCAUGUUUUCAUGUGCUUUUGGGUUGGCAUAUAUCUGGUACAGUAGUCAGAACUUACCAGAUCACUCACUGACCGGAGGUGUCGCAAUCACCACCUUUUGUUUUAUAUUCGGUACGUUUUGAGAGUUUGAUCAAGAAUUUUUACCAUAUUUAUGUGCGGGCCCCACUGCGGGCAGUCUCUGGCAUAUAUAUUUUUUCCUAUGUGGUGGUCGAAUCCGAACCAACGGCUACCGUACCCUAGGCUGGUCGAACAGGCGCCUGUUUUUUCAACGGGCCGCCGCGUCCCUGCGUUGAGAAAACAGGCGCCUGAAAUCGCCUGUUCGACCAGCCUACCGUACCCCACGGGACCUAAAAAAAAUAAUUCGGUACAUCACCGAAAAGUUUCUACUAGUUUUUCGCUAAAAAUGCAGACUUCUCGAAAAGCGAUGGAAAAUUUAUCGUACACAGCGCACUGUAGGCUGGUCGAACAGGCGAUUAAAUGGCGUUCUAUUGAGAAACUCUUUUUGCAGUGCAAAUUGAGCGACCUCGGGGCCGAGUUUGAAAAGUUAGGCCACGUUUUCAGUGGAAAAUUACUUCGCGGCCUAGAAAUUCGGCCAGAUUGCGAACAGCGCGCCCUUUCUGUCCGGUGCCCCUAUAAUAACAGUGCCACUGCUCCCAGUUGGCAGUACGGGUCAAAUUCGAGACAAAUUUUUUUCAUUCGUAAGAGACAUUUCCCGUCACGAAACCUUUAAAAAGAAAAUUCGGAACAAACCGCUGUUUCAGCCUCCAUUUCGUUAACCCAUUCAAACCAACCGAAACACCGCGGAGGGCAUUUCGUAGGAAUAUCGAACACAGGACUCCCAUUGUUUACGUACGGAGAAGCGUUUCUUCAGAAGACGUCAAAAUCAUUGAUGAUAUUUAUGAAGGUGAUUUUAUAAUCCAGCUGAACUCGUAAAAGUAAUUGUUUUCAGGAAACUCUUAAUGAGAUUUUGAUGAACAGUGACUCGAGAAGAAUUUUUUGGUUUCUAUGUGUGAACGUCGGUUUUUGCGGUGUUGAGUUUUUGUAUGGAUUCUGGACGAACAGUUUGGGGCUGAUUUCCGAUGGAUUCCACAUGUUGUUCGAUUGUAGUGCGUUAGUUAUGGGACUGGUUGCUUCGGUUAUGGCGAGGUGGCCGCCAUCUCGUCAUUUCACAUUCGGAUUCGGGAGAGUAGAAGUAAAAUUCGGCUGUUUAUGAAUAACUAAUUCGUUGAUUCAGGUUCUAUCUGGGUUCAUUAACGCUCUUUUCUUGUGUGUCAUUGCUCUCUUCAUUUUAAUUGAAGCUAUGGAGAGACUGUUUGAUCCACCAAAUAUCAACACUGACCGUCUACUUUUUGUGGCCGUAUCUGGGCUUCUUGUUAAUUUGUUUGGAAUGUACUCUCUGGGUGAACAUGGGCAUUCCCACGGAGGAAGCAGCAGUCAUGGACACUCUCAUGGUGGAGCUAACCACGGGCACUCUCAUGGGAACGCAAAUAUGCAAGGUUCGAUAAAUUUUCCCUGGAACCUUGUCAUUGACUGGCCGCAUUGUAUCAGGAACUUUCAGGAGUGUUUCUGCAUGUACUGGCCGAUACAUUAGGAUCAGUGUUCGUGAUAAUUUCGACACUAUUAAUUCAAUGGUUUGGAUGGGUUUGGGUGGAUCCGUUGUGUUCGUUGGUUCUUUCGUUGCUAAUUAUUGGAUCGGUCUACCCACUUCUGGUAUCUUCAAUUAGUACUUUGUUGCAAGAUGUGCCCGAGGAAGAUGAAUUUGAUUAUCAUACCAGCGAAAUAUUAGAUGUAUGUGACUGAUUCUGUGAUUUAGCAGAGAGAAACAAUUUUUUUUACAGAUUGAUAAUGUAGAAUCGUAUUCGAAAGCUCACAUAUGGCAGUUAAAAUCAGAUACAAACGUUGCAAGUGUGCACGUUCAAGUCGGUCCUGAUGCCAACGCUCAAAUGAUAAGAUAUCGUGUUGCUAAUAUUCUAAAAAAGUCGGGAGCUACAUACUCAACUGUUCAAGUGGAGAAAAAAAAUUUCACUCAGAGGAUUCAACAGGUGUACCCAGGAUUCAAACUAGGUCAUACGGUACUAGACUUUUUUCUAGGAGAAAUUCGCAAAAUAUUUCUAGGUCAAUCGUGGAACUGUGAUAAAAAAUUCUCGACACGGGCACUCCCAUCAACAUGAUGGACACAUUUAA